AUGUCCAGCCUCUCCAAGCCGCCGCAGUCCGGCGACGAUCAUCCUUCUCCGGAGCCGGAGCUGCCGCGGCUGGCUGAAAGCGCUUCAUCCGGCGGAGUUACUGUCCCGGUCAUCAUCGGCCGUCAUUUGAGAGGCGGUGCUGAUGAUUCUCUUGCUGUACCGCCACCGCCGCAAUCUCCGACUACUGAAACCACUCCUCCGGUGGUUGAUUCUUCUCCUUCGCCGCCUGCUCCGCAGGGUUUAGCUGGGGUGCGCAAGGAUCUCGCCGAGAUUAAGGGGAGCUUGAAGGCUGGUUUGUCUCUGCUCUCGCGGACGGGGAUUUCGAAAUUAACCGCCAAUUUCUUCCAUGAGAGGAUAGACGAAGAGGAGGAGGAGGAGGAGGAAGGUGGUGGUGAUGAUGACGAGGAAGAGGAUUACGUGCCUGGGAUCACGGAUGAGGUCGUUGAGUUCGCUAAUCAGAUUUCUGCUAGGUCUGCUUGCUGGACCGACUUUCCGUUGGCUCUCGAAGCUGACUUCAAGUUCUCUGAUGCUCAGAGGGAGCACGCUGCAACUAUUGAGUACAUGGUUCCGAGUUUGAGAGCUCUGAGAGUUAGCCUCCAUGGUUUCAUGAGGUCUGAGCAGUUCUGGAUGGUGUAUUUCAUUCUGCUGCUUCCAAGAUUGGAUGAGUAUGAUAGGGAGCUUCUCUCUUCUCCCCAGGUUGUUAAUACCCGAAACAGGCUUCUCCAGAAGCUCCAAGCCAGCAAGAACGAGAAGGUGGAAACCUCUGAAGAUGCAUCUCAGGGUAACAGCAGCACCAGAGACGAACCGAACCUCGAGCCACGCCCACAACCUUCAGAUCCUGGCGUCAGUGUCGGUACCUCCUCCACGAGCCGCAAGAAGAAGCAUGCUGAUGAGCUUUCUUACUUCUCGUUCAGCGACCUGGACGACGAUGACAGCGUCUUUUCGGGCAGGCUCUCGACCUGCAGCCGGUCUCGCGGGCUGAGAGAUCCGUCGCCUGGAGGAUCUUCGACCGAAUGGGUCCAGCUGAACCGUGGGUACGACUCUCGAGGUGGAUCCAUCAGGUCGAGGCAGUCGAUCUCUCGUGAGAAGGACUCGGAUGCAGAUUCGACCGCCAGUGAAUGGCUGAAAGUUUACGAGUCUGAUUAA